AUGUAUCCUGGAAAGAAACACCAUGAAUGUACUGACUGUGGGAAAACCUUCCUCUGGAAGACACAACUUACUGAGCAUCAGAGAAUUCACACCGGGGAGAAACCCUUUGAAUGUAAUGUGUGUGGGAAGGCCUUCAGGCAUAGCUCAUCCCUCGGUCAGCAUGAGAAUGCUCAUACUGGAGAGAAACCCUAUCAGUGUAGUCUCUGUGGGAAAGCCUUCCAGCGCAGCUCCUCCCUUGUUCAACACCAGAGAAUUCACACUGGAGAGAAACCAUAUCGAUGUAAUUUGUGUGGUAGGUCGUUUAGGCAUGGCACAUCCCUCACUCAGCAUGAGGUCACACAUAGUGGAGAGAAACCCUUCCAAUGUAAGGAAUGUGGGAAAGCCUUUACCUUCAGUCGACGCUCAUCACUGACUCAACAUGAGAGAACCCACACUGGAGAGAAACCCUAUGAAUGUAUCGACUGUGGUAAAGCCUUUAGUCAGAGUUCAUCCCUCAUUCAGCAUGAGAGAACUCAUACUGGAGAAAAACCCUAUGAAUGUAAUGAAUGUGGGCGAGCUUUCCGAAAGAAAACUAACCUGCAUGAUCAUCAGAGAAUCCAUACUGGAGAAAAACCCUACACUUGUAAGGAAUGUGGGAAAAACUUCAGUCGAAGCUCAGCUCUUACUAAACAUCAGAGAAUUCAUACACGAAAUAAACUCUAG